AGGCACACCCAGGUCUCUAGGACACAAGAAAGAGGAGCUGAGUCCCUAAGGCCCUGCUUUUUCCACAUCGAUACAAUAAUUUCCUCAGUUUUUCUUGCUCAGAGAUUCUAUUAUUUAUGGCUGCCACAAAAACUUGGAACUGCGAUGACUAUUUCAGUGUGGACAAACUAAAGGAGUGGCCAGAGCCGGAGUCUGUUUCUUUAAUGGAGGUAUUAGCUCGAGAAGACAUCGAUGAAGCUGUGCAUGCAAUAUUGUUCCGAGAAAACUACAUCGUGAAGAGAAUGGAUACAUACUUUCAGCAUCAGGCUGUUUUUAAGGAAAGAAGAAAAGAGAUGUUACAUAAGAAAUGGGUUGAAAAUGUAGCACGGCCUCUUCAGCAGAGAAUUAUAGAAAAAGUGAUUUCAUAUAGAAGACCGGGACAAAGUCAAGUGAAAUAUGAAUACUGCCUAAAGCACACGGAUAAACCGACGAAAGCCUCUCCGAUGUGUGAGUGUCUGUUACGAAGAGAGCAAGAGCUCCGAGAAGCUAAAGGACCCCGCUACCAACACCGCACAGGGAAACAGAACGACAUGCAAAAAGAACCUAAAGGAACCAAGAAGGCUCCCCUCUUCAGCAAAUCACCCAAGUUCAUGCUCACUUCCCAUGGUAUCGUUCCCAAAGAGAGGCAGAGAGCCUCUGCCCAGCCUGUGUGGAAUAAGCCCAGUCUGUGCAGUUCUGAAAAGCUUGUCUGUACAUCCAAGUCACUUCUGCCUCAGGAAGAGAAGACCUGCAACAUAAGCCAGAUUGUCUUUGAAAGGCAGUUCCGUUCCUCUAAGCUCAGCCUGAAGAAGAAAGAGGCUGAGAAGAAGGGUCCAGUUUCAGGGACCCGACCACAGAGACCACGCUCCUGGGCAGCAGCAGACAGCCACCAUUCUCAGGGGCCACCCGCUGUGGGAAGAAGGGUGAUGACCGCAGAGCUCCUGGGGAAGCACCUGGCCUCCCUGCAGGGGGCAGCCAGGUCGGGCCUCCUGUGAGCAAAGAGCUUCCUGCCUUCGCACUGCACAGACGUUUAACACACUCAGAACGCAGCUUAGUUUUCUAAGCCCUGGCUAAGAACUAGGAAGUGUGUGUGGUGUUUUUGUUUCACUGAAAACACUUGACAGCAAGACCGCUUGAGCAUCUCCCAGUACCUGGUGCUCAGUGGGGCUCUGUGCCUGGCUGGGACCAGUCCCCGCUCAGAGAUACCAGGGCUUUAUUCAAGUUCAGUCCUGCUCGCACUCCAGGGUGCGACUACCUCACAGACACUCAGGCCUGGCAGUGGGGGUUAAAUUGCUCAGAGGGAGGAUGCU